GGGGCGGUGUAUAGGACUAACGGACCGCAUUACGGAGGACUUGAUGAACGAGUGCGACAGAUCGUUCCCUUGGGAUUUGAACCUGAAUUGUAUGUUUGUUCUCCGUCAGCUCCUCUCGACUCGCAAACUAGCGUCCCAUGUAUGAGUCGUUGUGGUGAUGGCAUCGAUGAGUACAGCGUUGAAUUGAGACAGAUGUACACUUGUUGUGUACGACGUACACGACUCGAGGUUCAACGGGAUCCUUGAUAUGCAUAUGUUCCUUUCUGCCGCUCUGGCAGUUCCGGGACCACGUCGGCAGGAGAUUUGGACAUAUUCGGCAGUGCGAUGCGUCGCGAUCGCGCUUCGAUGCAGGCCCACGACGACCAAUCCUGACGGACUCCAAUGCACAUGUUCACUUGGGGGGUGAGCGCAGACGAUCGACGACGUCGCGCAGAUGCAACACUCCAUCCCCCUACGGGAUAUCCGGUCAACACCCUCGCGGCAGAUCACCAUUCCAAAGGUAAGCCGACAGCUUUGGCUGCCCGCUCGAGCCUGCUACUUCGUCGUCCGGCCAUUGCCGCCAUGGAUAUGCCUUCAUGGACGUCCGACGUCCUUGAACUCGUACCGCGACAGCCCUUCACCAGUCGUUGCAAGAUCGAGCCUUAGAGGACCCUGUGUAGCUUGCCAUUGGGUGACUCGUUGAUGCGGCAUCCAGACGGGGAGUAUAGCUAGUAGCGACGAGCGGGACGAGGAGACGGGAGGUACGGUGCGUUGCGACAGAGCAGAAGGGUCGCAUGCGGAUAUCAGCUUGACAACACUUCGCGGGGAUCGUCCAUUCCAAGUCAAGUAAGAAGAGACGAUGCAAGGACGGAUUGCUGGUGC